AUGGAUCCAACUCAAAAUUCAGAGCAAUUCCAAAUGAACCAAAGUAAUUCCUUCCAAGGUCUCGAUCCUCAAGGUAUCGCGGCGUUCUUGAACCAGAUCUCAUCGAUUCAGGCUCACCUCAACAGGAAUGGCAGCAACCCUAGCCAAGAUUUAUCGAGUCACUUCUACCUUCAUCCUUCUGAAAAUACUGGUAUUCCCCUCAUCCCUACCAUUCUUGAUGGCAAGAAUUACAGUAGUUGGAGCAAUGCGAUGUUGUUAGCCCUAAAAUCGAAAAAUAAGCUGAAAUUUGUUGAUGGAAGUUUAAAGAAACCUGAUAAGAAUGAUCCAUUGUUUGAACUGUGGGAUAGAUGUAAUACAUAUGUCUUAGCCUGGAUUAAAAUCUCGCUGAACCCUGAAAUCACCCGAAGCGUGAUGUGGAACAAGGUUGCAUAUGAGCUAUGGGAGGACCUGAAACACAGGUACCAUGAGGGUGAUAGAUUUAGAAUUGCAGAACUGCAGGAGGAGCUAUACGGAACAAGACAAGGAGAAAUGAGCGUGACACAAUACUUCACAAAACUGAAGUCACUGUGGGAAGAAUUUGAUGAUUUCAGGCCAAUUCCACCCUGCAAUUGUGAAUCUGUGUGUACUUGUGGAUUAGGAGAAAUGCGAAAAUAUAGAAUGGAAGAUCAUGUAACUAGAUUCCUAAGAGGACUUAAUGAACAGUUUGCGAAUGUUAGAGCUCAGGUCAUGCUGAUGGAGCCACUGCCAGAUUUAAAGGCUGUGUUUUCUAUGAUGACUAGACAAGAAAGGCAAAACCAGACCAUGGAUGAUACCAUAGACCCCAAGAUCUUAUUACACUCUACCAAUUCCUUCAACACUGCUGAGACCUCACAAGGCAGAGGGAGAAGAAAAGGUAGAGGAGGUAGAUUCCAAGGCUCUGGGAGAGGACAAACGGGAAGAGGUAGAAUGCAGUGUUCAUACUGUGGUAAAGGAGGCCACACAGUAGAUAGAAAUCUGAACUCAAACGGAGGUUUGGGAGCAGUGAAUUUCAGUGCUGAAAUAAAUGGCGAUGGCAUUGAUGAUUCUGGCUGUGUGGAAGAAAAUGGAAUUUUCAAUGUUGACUUUACUCCAGAGCAGAAAUCAGCCCUACUAGCUUUACUCAACAGGGGAGAAGCAAAGCAGAUCCACAGUGCUAACCAAAUCACAACCCUAGAACAAGUACCUCAUCAAGAUACAGGAGCUACUGUUCAUGUAUCCUAUUGCCUAGAAGAUUUUCAAACUCAUUUCAAGAUAGCUCCUAUAAUCAUUCGGUUGCCUAAUGGUGCACAAACCAUUAGCAAUAUAGCUGGAACUAUCAAAUUUUCAAAUAAACUGUACCUCACAAAUGCAUUAUACGUCCCAUCUUUCAAUUUCAAAUUGAUAUCAGUAUCAAAAGCCACAAAACAUUUGCAUUGUAAAAUGAGUUUUACUGAUGACGAUUGUGAGAUACAGGAUUUACUCUCGAAGAAGACGAUUGGAGCAGCUAGAGUGUGUGGUGGCCUUUAUACCUUGAACUGUGAUGCUGUGCGAUCAGAAAUUGUACAAUACGACAGCAAAAUUAGAUGUAUAAGGUCCGAUAAUGGAACUGAAUUUUUGAUGCAGUCUUUCUUCAAUGAAACUGGUAUAUUACACCAAAGAUCAUGUGUUGAAACUCCUCAACAAAAUGGUAUUGUUGAACGGAAACAUCAACACAUUCUUGAAAUAACUAGAGCAAUUUUCUUCCACUCAAAUGUACCUAAGUGUUUUUGGCAAUAUGCAAUUUCAUAUUCAGUUCACAUCAUGAAUAGACGACCAUCAAAUUUUCUUAACAAUUUAUCACCUUAUCAAGCUUUGCAUAACUCUUUACCUGACAUAUCUCAUUUAAGGGUUUUUGGGUGUCUGGCAUAUGCCAGUACACUCCAAGCAAAUCGAAAGAAACUGGAUCCAAGAUCUAGAAGGUGUGCCUUUUUGGGUUUCAAGGAGGGUACCAAGGGAUAUCUCUUAAUUGAUCUAAAGACUAGAGAGAUCUUUACUUCAAGAGAUGUGUCCUUCUAUGAAGAUCAUUUUUCAUACUUAAGCACACACCCUGACCAAAGCACACAUACUGCAUCUUCUAUUCAGUUCAAAACUGACCCCUUUGCAUAUGACAUCAUUCUUCAACCUCACACAACACACACUAAUCAUCAAGCAUCACCUGCAUCCAACUCACACACUGAGACUCUCAAUAAUAAUAAUAAUGCCCCCACAAAAUUUCAAUUAAGCACAUACACCACCAAUUCAAUCUCCACAACCUAG